GGACGCGACUUCAGUUGAAUGCAAGGAGUACACGGACGAAGAACCGCGUUCACCACCACCAUCUACCUGAAUCUCACCAUCACUUACAAAUAAUACUUUACUCCUUGCGGCGCGCGUGUGUCUCAUUGUUUUUGGUGUUUUUGUCGCGUAUAUGUAUGUAUGAUUUUCGUGAACAAUAACAGUAAAUAAUAGUAAUUGUUAUCCCGCGGUGUAACAUGUGGCACGUCCUGAAGUCGCGCGAACAUGCGACCACCCGAUUGACGAUCGUCCACUGAUGGGAAUCCCCGCUCGAGUAAUUUACCAUCCCAAUAAGAAUGACGAUCACCGUAGCUCUUAUUAGUGUAAUCGACGUAGUGAUGAACGACACCUAAGUAGUCGUUCCAGAAUGAAAGCUUUGAAGCAAUCGAAAUCGUCAAGCGACAUCACCAACCCCACGGUCCCGGGCAGCAAAGGCCAAAAGCCACGCUGAGCGAUGCAAAGGCUUCGCACGACGUUUCAGCGAUCGCGCACCCCUACCGGCAAUGAAAUGAAGACACAAAGCAGCCUCGAAGUACCCAAACAGAUCCGAUCUGCUUCAUUCGAUGAGAUCCAAGCUAAACGUCUGCAAACCAACCCGCAAUCCUCGGACCCAAAUUCAUUUCUUCGGGUGCCUCAGUUUCAGAAUACGCGUUCCAAAAGCGUCGAUUCGAACGCGAGCGAUGAAUCGGGCAAUUUCCUGGAAGUUCCGUCGAAAAAGUUUCCACGACGAAAGUCAUCCGGUGCGCGACCGUUCGUAUGCGUUCACUGUAUGUACCUGGAGGAAUCGAAACAACACGCGGCAGAAAAACCACCCCCUAAACCUCCAGAUUUCCGAUCGAGUCUCAGUAUCAGCGAAUUCUCCUCAUCAUCUUCCGAAGAAGACAUGGCUCCAAUUCCUCAUUGUUCUAUAACGGUCACCGUAUCGCCAACGCCUAACUCGCCUCCACCAAGACCUCCUCCGCCUAUUCUAACCUCUCCUGUCAUUGAAUAUUAUUCGCCCGAAAGCGAGCCAAUUCCUCCAGCAACAGCUGUCAGGAGACGAUCAAUACAAAGGCAAGAGGCAUUUUUGGGAGAAUCGACUGGUAAUUCACUGGAGGAUAUGAAAGAUGUUGCAUCUGAAAUGACGUCUGACGGAACAUCGGAGGGAGCAUUGUCGGAAGGUGAUUGCAUAGCGAUUCCGGACGUGGUGGUUAGAGAUAUUUACCUCCAGGUACCGGACUUAAAAAGAGACCGAGCAGCAUCGGUGGACUCGUGCUUUUCUAAGGUGUCUCAGGGUAAGACGGAGGAAUUGCAACAUUCUGGUGUUAGCUUGGAGGUUCCAGUGGGGCCGAAUGUCGCGUUACGGUCCAGAUCCGUUGAUAUCGUUCUACCCACGGACGAACAGGCGAGGUAUAAAGCCCUUGCAAUGGCUGCCCCUCCAGACGAAACCAGUUCGGAUAGAAGAGGAAAACCGAGUACCGAGUCAGAGCGAUCUCUCCGGAACACUCCAGAUUGGACGGAAGGAGCUAUUGAUGGUGAUCAUUUGUGGGUCCCAACAUCCGUAUCUGGAGACUUCUGCUACGUGGGCGACCCUGAGUGCACGAAGCACGGAAUCCGUUUGAAGUGUUCCGCUUGCAAUAUUGUUGCCCAUCAAAAAUGCAUUCCCAUAUUGCUGGAACGAAUACGUUUCACUUGCAAGCCCACCUUCAGAGAUGUCGGUUUAAGACAAUAUCGAGAGCAAUCUAACGUGCAGCACCACUGGGUCCAUCGGCGGUCAGAGAAAGGGAAAUGUAAACAAUGCGGAAAAUCAUUCCAAUCGAAAUUAUCAUUCGGCGCUAAAGAAAUCGUUGCAAUAAAUUGCUCUUGGUGCAAAGUGGCUUUCCACAACAAAGAAACUUGUUUCGGGUCCCAUCGUAUGGAAGAAGCAUGUAAUUUAGGUGUACAUAGCAGUAUUAUAGUUCCUCCUUCGUGGAUUAUCAAGUUACCUGGCAAAGGGAACUUUAAAUCCAGCCUUAGGAAAUCUUCGAAGAAAAAUUCGUCGAGCAAACGACGGAAUAAAGAAAAGGAUAAGGACCAUAAAGCAUUUGUAAUCAAGCCUAUACCAUCAAAAACAGUUACGCCUGUGAUAGUAUUUAUAAAUCCCAAAUCAGGGGGCAAUCAAGGUACUAAACUACUGCAGAAGUUCCAAUGGCUACUCAAUCCCAGACAGGUGUUUGACCUAACACAAGGUGGACCCAAGAUGGGUUUGGAACUGUUCAAGAAGGUGCCGAACCUUCGGGUUUUGGCCUGUGGUGGUGACGGUACUGUUGGAUGGGUCUUAAGUGUCAUCGACCAAAUCGGCAUAUCUCCAGCUCCAGCGGUUGGAGUUCUUCCAUUAGGCACUGGCAACGAUUUGGCACGAGCAUUAGGAUGGGGAGGGGGAUACACUGAUGAACCAAUUUCAAAAAUUCUUAUGAACAUAAGCAAUAGCGAAACUGUGUUAUUGGACAGGUGGUCGUUGGAAGUGGAAAAAAAUCCGGACGCCGACCCUAACGAAGGCGGAAAGGAUAAUCUACCGUUGAACGUUGUAAAUAAUUAUUUUUCACUCGGUGUCGAUGCUCAUAUAGCUUUAGAAUUUCACGAAGCCAGAGAGGCUCAUCCUGAAAAAUUUAAUUCAAGACUGAGAAAUAAAAUGUUUUACGGGCAAAUGGGAGGUAAGGACCUUCUCAAGCGAAAAUGGAAGGGUCUCGCCGAAUUAGUUACCUUAGAAUGUGACGGACGUGAUCUUACGCCAAAGCUGAAAGAACUCAAAGUGCAUGCGAUUGUAUUUCUCAACAUUCCAAGUUAUGGUGGUGGUACCAGGCCCUGGAACAGGGCAAUGGGAUCAUCGGAACCAAGCACUGACGACGGUCUAAUCGAAGUUGUGGGUCUGACGACCUAUCAGCUGCCUCUUCUCCAAGCAGGUGGUCACGGUACAUGCAUCACUCAAUGCAAGAACGCGAGGAUCGUCACUUCGAAGACGAUUCCAAUGCAAGUUGAUGGAGAAGCGUGUAAACUGGCCCCAUCGAUAAUUAAUCUAACGUUGCUCAACAAGGCCACCAUGCUGGCGAAACGAAAAGGAGGCGGAAAACACCAUGUACCACGUGUACCACUCGAAGAUCUUACCAUCCAGGUGCACAGAAUCGCGAUGAGGGACUAUGAACAGCAUCACUACGACAGGGAUAUGCUAACGCAGUCAGCCAUCAAGGUCGGCACGAUAGAAGUAAAUCCUAUGUCCGAUUUGGAACAGGUCAGAGCCCAAAUCGACCAGUAUAUGGAAGAAUGUAAUCAAACGAAACCUGCCGAAUGGUGUUUUCUCGAUUCGUGUACAGCAGAGCGUUUUUUUCGUAUCGACAAAGCUCAAGAGCAUCUACACUACGUUUCGGACAUAGCGUACGAAUCUCUUUACAUCCUCGAUUGCGGUAGCGUCACAGUACCUCAAACUCCCGACGACGAUGCUACCGUUCCCUCAGCCAGUUCAAUGCACACCACCUACAUGGUACCUGAAAUGAAAGUUAGUAGUGAGGGUAGUCUGGAUUCGCCCAGCGAUCAUCCCCCAAUUUCGCCGAAAACCGCCCUCUCACCCGACGACGACGUACAGCAACCCAUUCCGGUCGAUAAACAAAACGGGGAAAGGCGCCUGAACAUUUACAACGCUAUUAAAAUUAAAAGCGAUGUAAUCGAAAAGCCCAACGAAGCCCUUAUAAAAGCUGCUAUUGUGGGAGAUUUGCAAACGAUAAAAAAGGUACAUUCCAUGGGACAUUCCUUAACGACAACGGAUUCCUCGGGGCAGACCAUCUUACAUCACGCUGUGAGAAAUAGUCACAAAGAAAUUGUGAAAUACGUUUUGAGCACAGCUCCAACUUCAAUUUUAGAAGCUACCGACAAUGCGGGCCAGACCGCUCUACAUAAAGCCGCUUCUUACAAAUGUCGCAACAUCUGUUGUAUGCUAAUCGCGGCUGGAGCUUCUCUGGAAGUGAAAGACCAAAACGGGCUCACCCCCAGGCUUCUGGCCAUCCAAGCUAACGAUCAUGAUCUAGGGGCGUACCUCGAAAGUCAAGAACACUUCAGAAUGAUAUCCAAUGAUCUAGGCUCUGAGGUUUGAUAUCAAUAGCUAAGAAUCUCUUUAAAUAUAAGUACGUUUUUUCUUGCCUUAUUAACUAGGCUUCGUAUUAUACUAUACAUACAUAUAUACAUAAUAUAUAUAAAAAAUAUUAUCUUAUAAGCAUUCACUCCAGUGUGAUAUUGAAUAAUUGAUGUUUGACUUAUGUAUGUUCAGUUUCUUCCAAUAACGACAAUUCACUUCAGUUACCUUAAUUAUCAUUUGUACUAUUACUGAAUUUAUUAUAGAUAACGUUUUCAAUUAAAGAAGUACCCUUGCAUGGUGAUAAAUACCCCUGAUUAGUAAGAUAGAAACAGAUAUUUAUGUCUCACAUUUCUUUUCUGUCAUAAAAGUGUCAUUUUUUUUACGAUACCCUACUCAAUAAUAGAUACUCCUAUUACAAACAUAUUCAUUUAUUACAUAGUUCCUUAAUUAUUAUAGUAAAUUUAAAGGUGAACAAAUGGGCACUGUGUAGUUCCUUUUUACUCUUUUGUUUUUUUUUUUUAAUUAUUGGUAAUAAGUAAUCGUUUUAAAGCAAUAAUUGUUUAAUGCGUACCUAUGUAGUUUCAUCAUUACAAAAUUUGCAUCGUACCAUACAACAUUCCGUUUACAAAUUGAAAGUUACAAUAAUAGUUGUUGAAUUAAUUACUAUGUACGUUAAUUAAAUUCUUUCGUUGCUGAUUACAAAACUAACAUUAUUGAUAGAGAUAGAGACGGAGCACAAUGGAGCAUCCUACUGGUUUCACAAAUUACUAGCCUAAAUUUCACAGUUACAUUGAAACACAAUAGGAUACAUUACUUUUGAAAAUCUAUGAAUGGUGAUAAAUAAUGAAAUCAUACAAUAGGAUCACGCAACAUAAUAUACUUGUAUAUUUUUUUAAAACAAAUGUAAUAAUUAAAAAAAAACCUGCCAUUUAAACCUGAGCCG